ACGAGGAGGAGGAGGAGGAGGAGGAGGAGGAGAAGAAGGAAGUAGUCGAUCCCCAGCCCGGGCACCGGCGGAGGAGGCACCAGCGGGACCCCGCCGCCACCGCGCAGCCUUCCCAGGUUGCUACCAAUAGAAAGAAAAACAUUAAGACUUGCAUCCUGGAAUUCCAGCAUCUAAGAAUCUGAAAUUAGGGACUUGAGUCUAUUUGGACAUGGCUAAUCGAGGAGCAACAAGACCCAACGGGCCAAAUACCGGGAAUAAAAUAUGCCAGUUCAAGCUAGUACUUCUGGGCGAGUCUGCUGUUGGCAAAUCAAGCCUUGUGUUACGUUUUGUGAAAGGCCAGUUUCAUGAAUUUCAAGAGAGUACCAUUGGGGCUGCUUUUCUAACCCAGACAGUGUGUCUUGAUGACACAACAGUAAAAUUCGAAAUAUGGGAUACAGCUGGUCAAGAACGGUAUCAUAGUCUAGCACCAAUGUACUACAGAGGAGCACAAGCAGCAAUUGUUGUCUAUGAUAUCACAAAUGAGGAAUCAUUUGCAAGAGCAAAAAACUGGGUUAAAGAACUUCAGAGGCAAGCAAGUCCCAACAUUGUAAUAGCUUUAGCAGGAAACAAGGCUGAUCUAGCAAAUAAAAGAGCCGUAGAUUUCCAGGAAGCCCAGUCUUAUGCAGAUGACAACAGCUUAUUGUUCAUGGAGACAUCGGCUAAGACAUCAAUGAACGUAAACGAAAUAUUCAUGGCAAUAGCGAAAAAGUUGCCAAAGAACGAACCACAGAAUCCAGGAGCCAAUUCUGCCAGAGGAAGAGGAGUAGAUCUUACUGAACACACACUACCAAGCAGGAGUCAGUGUUGUAGUAACUAAACCUUCAGUGGCAACUGUCUGGAAUAUUCUUCUGCUUCCUACUUGUUAAUAACAAUGGAAUUGGAGCAUUUAACCUGACCCAGUAUGACUUCCAAAAUGGAGAAGAGACUUACGGCAUAGUCAAGUUUCUAAUACAGAAUUAUUUUAUGUGUUUUGAACUUAAUUUUUAAUAACAUGCAUGUGUCACUAUUUGACUAAUGUUUCAGUAGAAGGGAAAGAGGAAGCUGCAAUACACAUGUUUCCUGGGAGAGUUGGAAAAAGAAUCAGUUGCCAUUAGGGAAUGUAGAGGAAUUACUUUAUGGACCUCAACUAACCAGUUAGUUCCUCCAACCCCAGUGUCGAUUACUGUUAUAAUAAUCUAUGAAUUGGGAUUCCUCGAUUUGUGCUUUUUCAAAAUUAUUUCUAGAAGCAGGGUCUAAAACUACUUCAUCUUAUCUACAGUAUUCUUGCAACUAGUAGUCUGUAUAUCUACAGUUUAAAUGUACAUUCCACAUUUUAAUAGUCUAACCACCAGAAAAAAAAAACCAGAAAAAAAGUUUAACCCAUCCCAUGUUUGCUGGAAAGAAGUGGACUUGAGUUGGUAAACUGUCUGCAUUUUAACAAUCCUGUUUCAAAAGGUAUAAAAAUCAAGUUUAACCUCAUUUUCUUGUAGGAAGAUGUAAAGCAAGUAAUGCCACUUUACAGAAAUAGUAGUGUUUCCCCUCAAACUUUUAAGGCUGUAACUAAAAUGAAAUAAACCGGAUGUCUGGGAUUUUUAUUUAAUCACUGCUGCCCAUUUUCAGAGAUUCUUCUCUUUUCUUCCCUGUGGACAUACUCUAGCCAGUGCACUAACGUAAUUAUGUACGCUCAACAUGAUCAUUUAAAUUUGGAUCUUAAAUGUGUUGUAAAUAGGGUAUUGCAUUCUAGUCUCCAUUUGUUUAAUACUUUCUGUAAUAUUUAAGGGUUGUUUAAAAGUAUACCAAAUGUACAGUAACUAAAACUGCUAAUUAUUUUUCUUUUUCCCCGUGUUGUGAGGAGGGGUUUUCAGCUCAGUUCUUCCUCUAUGGCUAGAACAGUGGUAAAUGAUGCUCCUGUAUCUGUAACAUAAGUAAGUACUUCUGUCUGUCAGUAAUGAACUCUGCAGCCUUGUUCUCCAAAGCCCAUUUUAUUUUGAUCUGUCCAGUAUAUUGCACUAAUUAUUUUAGUUAUUUUCAUUAUAUGAAAUCUACCGAGUGUCAGAAAAGAUGAUUUAAUCUAUUUAAAUGUUGAACUGCUAGCAGAAACUUACUUAUGCAGAUUGUAAAUUUGCAAUAAUUGGAGCUUAGCAAAGAAAAUGACAGUUCACCAGUGUUUAGUUUUAUAUUGAGGUGCUCAGGUUUGAAUAAAGUGGUAUAAAAACAGGAAA